AUGCCCGCGGCGCCAGCCCGCCGGGGGCCGGGUGCGAGCAGGCUCGGGCUCUGCUGGGCUGCCUUUCCGGGUUCCGAGCCGUCCGCAGAGCCGGCGCCAGGCCCAGAGCGGCUUUCUUUCCGGGCUGCGGGGCUUCCGAGGGGUCGACCAGAAUCCGCGGGGAGCCCGAGGCCCCGCCCCCGCCGCCGCUUCCGGACAGAGGCCACGCCCCUCCGGAAUCCCCCUCCUCCCUCGCUUUCGCAGCGUCCCAUCCAGCCCUCUUUCACCAAGUCCCUCUGCCGUGAGUCCCACUGGAAGUGCCUGCUGCUCUCACUACUCAUGUAUGGCUGCCUGGGGGCCGUGGCCUGGUGUCAUGUCACCACGGUGACCCGCCUCACCUUCAGCAGCGCCUACCAGGGCAACAGCCUCAUGUACCACGACAGUCCCUGCUCCAAUGGCUAUGUCUACAUCCCCUUGGCCUUCCUGCUCAUGUUGUAUGCCGUCUACCUGGUGGAGUGUUGGCAUUGCCAAGCCCGCCAUGAGCUGCAGCAUCGUGUUGACGUGAGCAGCGUGCGGGAGCGUGUGGGCCGCAUGCAGCAGGCCACACCCUGCAUCUGGUGGAAGGCCAUCAGCUACCACUAUGUCCGUCGUACCCGCCAGGUCACCCGAUACAGAAAUGGCGACGCCUACACCACCACCCAGGUAUACCAUGAGCGCGUCAACACACAUGUGGCGGAAGCCGAGUUCGACUAUGCGCGCUGUGGGGUCCGAGACGUGUCCAAGGCACUGGUGGGGCUAGAGGGCGCGCCAGCCACGCGGCUCCGCUUCACCAAGUGCUUCAGCUUCGCCAGCGUGGAGGCUGAGAACGCGUACCUGUGCCAGCGCGCCCGCUUCUUUGCUGAGAACGAGGGCCUGGACGACUACAUGGAGGCCCGCGAGGGCAUGCACCUGAAGAAUGUGGACUUCCGCGAGUUCAUGGUGGCCUUCCCAGACCCGGCUAGACCGCCGUGGUACGCCUGCUCGUCGGCCUUCUGGGCGGCCGCUCUGCUCACGCUGUCGUGGCCCCUGCGCGUGCUCUCCGAGUACCGCACGGCCUACGCGCACUACCACGUGGAGAAGCUCUUCGGCCUGGAGGGCCCGGGCUCAGCGAGCAGCGCGGGGGGCGGCCUAAGCCCCAGCGACGAGCUGCUACCCCCGCUCACCCACCGCCUGCCGCGGGUCAACACGGUGGACAGUACGGAGCUCGAAUGGCACAUUCGCUCCAACCAGCAGCUGGUGCCUAGCUACUCGGAGGCGGUGCUCAUGGACCUGGCGGCGCUGGGGGCGCGCUGCGCGGGGGGCGCGGCGGGGGGCUACGCGCCCACCUGCCGCUAUGGCGGAGUGGGCGGCCCGGGCGCAGCGGGCGUAGCCCCAUACCGGCGCAGUUGCGAACACUGCCAGCGCGCGGUGAGCAGCUCGUCCAUCUUCUCGCGGAGCGCCCUGAGCAUCUGUGCCAGCCCGCGGGCUGGCCCGGGGCCUGGCGGGGGCGCGGGCUGCUCGGGCAGCCGCUUCUCCCUCGGCCGCCUCUACGGCUCCCGGCGCAGUUGCCUGUGGCGCAGCCGGAGCGGGAGCGUCAACGAGGCGAGCUGCCCCACGGAGCAGACGCGGCUGUCGAGCCAGGCCAGCAUGGGCGAUGACGAGGACGACGACGACGACGAGGAGGCUGGGCCACCACCGCCCUACCACGAUGCCCUCUACUUCCCCGUGCUUAUUGUCCACCGGCAGGAGGGGUGUCUGGGCCACAGUCACCGGCCGCUCCACCGCCACGGCUCCUGUGUAGAGACCUCACUGUGA